AUGCAGGAUGCCAUUUCAGAGCGCGCUCUUUUCUUCUACGAUGAUGGCGCCAUACGCUCCUCGUUCGCACAAGUUGUCGACGCAGUCGCUUUCUGUCACGAUCAAGGACUGUUUCAUCGGGACAUCAGGCCGAGGAACAUCCUAUGUUCUCUGGACGGACAACGCGUUUUCCUUUCAAACUUUCGCCUGGCCACCGAAAAGGAAGUGUCGGAGGAGUUCGGUAUCGGCACACUUCCGUAUCUGUCUCCAGAUGCGCUGAAUGCGGACUACGAACUGAAGAGCUAUUCUACGCGACAAGGCGAUGUUUGGGCUUUAGGUGUCAUGUUGAUCGACAUGCUUACCGGCAGUACGCCCUGGAGAGAGGCCACCAUUGCCGACGCAGAUUUCCGCCACUACCUUCGAUCCCCCUCCUGCUUCCUCAACGGCAUGCCACUUUCACCCGAGGCUAAACGGCUUGUCCGGCGCAUUCUUCAUCAUAAUGGUCCCAGACGCAUUUCUCCUCGCGAGCUCCUCGCGCGUUUGCCGUCGGUCAAAACAUUCUUCCCGACGAAGGACGAGCUUCGGGUUGCUUCUGCGCAUGUCUUGGUUCAGGUUCAGCGAUUGAUGGACCGUAAUAUUGCCGGCCGUAGACACUCGCCUCGGGUGUGGCAGCAGCGCAGCUCGCAACUGAGAGGGGCACUGUCCAAUUCCCCUCGCGCCGCUACUCUCGAUGCACGCGACCACACGCCUGUCGAUGCACCCUUCAACAGCCCGCGAUCAUCUAGUAAUGACGAUUCACCAGAUUCGGCGUCACCCGUAUUUUCGGCCACUAUCGAGUGCGGACCCCGCUCCCGGGACUUCUCGAGUCCAGGGACACCCUUCGACUCAUCGGUGAACCAGGCUCGGCUCGACUUCUGCACGUCGCCUGCCUCGAACCCUGCUUCUGCGACAUCGCCAGGGGAGUGCUUAUGGCAAGUUCCCCCAUGGCAGAAAAGUACAUCUCGGCAGACAUCCGUCGGCACUGGAAGCGAUAGAACACUUGUUGAUGGCGAUUCAUCACCGGCGUCCCCUAAGCGUCCCUCCGUGCACAGCCUCCCCCCACUGACGAGCUCGGUGUCGCGACAUGCAUCUCUACCGACCUUUACGUCCGCUAUCGGGCAAAUUUUCAAAGAAUGCUCGUCUGCCAGCGAAGGCAAUGCAAAGGCGUUAUCGGAUGCUCUACCGUCACCGCUUCUCCCAAUCACCCUGCUUUCAUUCAGGACAACUUCACAAUGCAACACCCUCGAUCUUUCAGCUUUUCCCGCUCAGCCGACACGCAACGGGACAGCUGGCGACGCUUCCCCUAUUCGGCUCGACACAUCUCUAUCUGCUGGGGCUAGUGACAUCGAGAUCAACUCUCCUCGUGCCCAGAUUCCAGCUCCUGGUCAUAUAAGCGCCGGCUCAGAGACAUCAGAGGCAGAGAGCGUGGGUAUACCCUACCUUGGAGCGGGACACGCGAACACUUCACUGGAGAGGGAACCGCUUUUAUCCCACCCUCCAUCGUUGGUGUCCGGAAACCAUUCUGUAUCCCAGCUCUUGUCCGCUCUCAGCAUGAGCUCGCAUUCACGGGCCCCGUCGUCGCCCUUGAUUGCACAGUUGCCACCAGGAGCGUCGCUUCUUCGUAUGCUGUCGCGGGUGUCCACCGCGUCCUCGACUGGCACGCCUUCCCCAUGGACGCCAGCAACACCGACAUGGCUCAAGCUUGGUGCAUACGCUCGUUCUCUCAGCUCGCUCGCCGCAGAGGAGCGGGCUUUGGAGAAGGGCGUCGUGCGUGUAGUUUCCAGCGGGCAGAUGGCGGAGGAUGGAGUGAUUCGAACCCUCUCGGGGCCACAUGCGGCAGAGUCUGCAGCUGCUUUGCACUUUGGUGCGAAAGUCGGGGCGAGGAUUGCGAGGCUGAGGUCCAACUUGUCGUCGAAUGCGGUAGGUUAG